AUGCACGCGUCAACCCACGCCCUCACAGCUGGCCAUCCAACUGCCCGCCCACCCGAAGAACAACACCAGCCCCACAAGCAGCACUGGAGCUUCGAUCUAUUCCACAGCAAGCACUGCAUGGGAACAAUUGUCACGUACGAGGGUCAAGGAUCUACAGGCUGUCGUCCUAACAUCGAGAACGACGGCGCGGAGGCAUUCAUCAACCUCGAUAUGGAUCCGGGCUGCAAGGUGAAAUUUUUCCGGGAUAAAAGGUGUUCUCGACAUGCGAUGGUUGAAGAGGUCAAGACUGGAUCUCAUGAGAAGUGCAAAACUCUUUCGCGGAAGAAGACGGCUCAUAGUUUUGAGGUUUCUUGUCGGUGA